GAAUCUUCUCUUUUCUGGAAUGAGUUCCGAAUUUCUCGACAUUAUCUAUAUAUGUAUAUGAUUCAAGACCAUUGUCAAGAUUUCCUUUUUUCUUUUUUGGGUUCUGGUUUUUCUCCAACUAAUAUGGCUGAUGAUAACAGCGCGAUCGAUCGGAUCAAAACCCUCUACGUUGUUCUCGCAUUUUGCUCCGUGCUUUGUUUCGGUGCCAUCAAAAGUUUGCUGGUCGGCACCAUUGCUGGUUUGGUCCUAAUUUUCGGGAAUUUGGGGGUGAUUUUAGGCCUUCUCCCCGCCCACGUUUUCUGGACUGUCUACGCUCUUCUCAAAACAAAUCGAUUCGAUGCAGCACUCAAGGUCGCAAUUUUGUUUAGCCUGCCUGUCCUGUUCGCAAUCUGGUUGGCUCUAAGCAUAGCUGGCAGUGUUCUUGUAGGCUUUGGAUAUGGGUUCUUCACUCCAUGGAUUUCUUCAUUUGAGGCAUUCAGACACGAUGAUGAGUCCAAGAAACUCUACCACAGCAUUGUAGAUGGAACUUGGGAAACGAUCAAGGGUAGCUGCACCGUCGUUCGCGAUUUCUUCGACAUGUGUUAUCAUUCAUAUCCUGUUUAUCUAAAAGAGCUGCAGCAGAACGAACCGGCUUCCAGCGAGCUCCAGCCUCUUAGAUUGAUUCACAUACCGGCAUGUAUCCUCGUCGCCCUUAUUGGUCUGACUGUCGAAAUCCCUCUUUACACUGCCAUUGCCAUUGUGAAGAGUCCUUACAUGCUGUUCCGUGGCUGGCACAGGCUCGUCGAAGAUCUGGUCAGCCGGGAAGGGCCAUUCUCGGAAACUGUUUGCAUUCCUUUCGCCGGUUUGACAAUCCUAUUGUGGCCUUUAAUUGUCAUCGCCAGCGUCGUCUUAUCCAUAUUCGCAAGCUUUUUCAUCGGACUAUACGGGUCCGUGGUAGUGUAUCAGGAAAGGUCUUUCGGACGAGGCGUCGCUUACGUGAUUGCUAUGGUUGCAGAAUUCGACGAGUACACUAACGACCUGCUUUACCUCCGCGAGGGCUCGAUUUUCCCUAAGCCACAGUACAGGAAGAAAAAAACAUCGAAUCCUAGGAUUAGGCAAACUCAAUCUUCACAUGGUGGCUACACCGCGGUCUUCCCCGAAGAUGACGGAAUCCUGGUUCCGCGCCUGACGGCAUCCCAGCCGGUUAGGGACAUCAUAAAAGAGGUCAAAAUGGUGCAGAUUUGGGGAAGUAUGAUGAAGUUAUACGAGGUUAAGGGAAUGUUGUUGCUCGACAGGGGUGUUAUAACGCCGCGCGAUCUCUCUGACUGGCUGAAUUCGAGGCAUUCGAACAAUGCCCCCAUUGUCGACGUGGGGUUGCCCUGUUUCGCGUUCUUGCACAACCUUCUCGACUCAAUCAGCGCCGGCUCAGACGGGCUGGUGCUUGCGGAUGGGACCGAGGUUACACACAUGAACAGGCCACAGGCGCGGCUGCUCGACUGGUUUUUCCACCCGAUCCUUGUCCUUAAGGAGCAGAUCAGAGUCCUUUGCCUGGAAGAAGGUGAAAUUCGACACCUGGAAAAGAUGCUGCUUUUCGGAAACCAUAAGGAGCCCACCGAGUCUUGGGAUAACGGGAGCUUUGUCCCGAUGGAUGUCGUUCGAGCUGCCCGAAUUGAAGCCAUUAGUCGCAGGAUGAUGGGAAUGAGUCGAAGCAUAUCGAAGUUUCCGACUUACCGGAGAAGAUACCGGCAAGUUGUGAAGGAUCUGAUCGUUCAUUCAAUGGUAACGGACGGCCCUGAUCGAUCGUCGUCAAUGGGAACAGCCGAUGCUAUGGAUAUUGUGUGAGUCAAGUAGGCGGGUUCUUUUUCUAUCUGUUAAUAUGUUUGCAGAAUUCUUAGCGUUGCUUGUAUAGUUAUGUUUUUAUUAUUUAUUUAUUUUUUUAAUUUGUUGCACAGGAAGGUGUAAGUGAUGUAUAUAUUAUUUUUUGGUUGAAUUGGAAUGAAACUGGGGAGGAAACA